AUGGACGACGAUGACGUGGGUUAUGCGGCGUGUUGGGCGCAUUUCAAUCAACAGGAAGCGGAUGAGGAAUAUUUCGAUUUCCCGGAAGCGUCUUCCCCGGCUGCAUCCGAAUCCUCCUUCGGUUCCGUGGCUUGUCGAUCUUUGGGCUCAACCAAACGAAGGUCCGAAACCUCGUCUCCGACUUCGUUGGCCCGCAAUUCGGAUCAUCACUUUGUUAGCACGACAACAUCAUCGCCUCCUUACCACAACAACAACAAUCAUCAUCAUCAUCAUCAGGCCAGCAGUGGCGGUCAUUUGACGCGGGAAGAGCGUCGCCGGCGCCGCCGAGCCACUCAAAAGUACAGGGCGGCGCACGCGUCCCGGGAACGGGUUCGGGUGGAGGCGUUCAACGGCGCCUUUGCCCAACUCCGGAAAUUGUUACCAACGUUGCCGCCGGACAAAAAGCUGUCCAAGAUUGAGAUCCUCCGACUCGCCAUUUGCUACAUAGCUUAUUUGAACCAUGUGCUGGAGUCUUGA